UACUAGUAAUACUAAUAGUAAUACUGUAGCAAAACAUCUUCGUAUCGCGUCCUAGAUCUUGGCAGUAACAGCAGAUCGGUCAAGUCAGCAGGAGAGGGCGCGCGCAGGGUUCAAUGUUCCACAAAAAAAAAAUAAGUGAACUUCGGAUUGUUUGAGUUCAGUUCUUGCAGUCUCAGCGUGUCUACCGAUCAAACCAACAAUUUACCUUCCCCAAAGCUGUCUCUCUCUACCUUGUGAACAGUACUCAGUAGGUCUACUAGUAUUGUAACUAAGUCUACUAGUAGCUAGUAGCUCCGUCACAAGGCCGGCAUUAUCACGUUAGAAGGACAUGACCGCAUUGGUUUCCAAAAGUUGUAAGUAAACUAACUUAGUUGGAAACCGAAAUGAAAAUACCGAAGCCCAGACUGAGAGGUUAGUCCUUGAUGGUCGGGAACUAUGCUGCCAUUCAGAAGAAAGCUGUCGUCCCUGUGCCGUGCUACUACUCCUAGGUUUGCAUCUGGUUCGUACGCAGCGUCAGAGCUCCCGUGCCAUCGCGCACCGCCAUCGCUUGCUUGCACACCAUGGGUGCAGGGUGUCCGAUGCUUCGCGAAAUGGCCCACGGUGAGCGAGGAAAAGCGAAUGGUCAGUCCCUUUGUGGUAAAGGGCUCCAUUGAGGCGCUGCAAGCUGAGCCCAGCAGUCGAGCUCAUGCGGACGUCCUGCUCCCAGACCUGGAGGACGCUGUGGCGUUCAGCAUGAAAUCUGUAAUGAGACAACGACUGAAGGAGACGAUCGAGACGGGACAGCUACAAACACUGGAAGGCCAGAAGUUGGCUAUUCGCGUGAAUUCACUCAACCUAUUCCCGGAGCUGGCAGUAGCGGAUUUACGCGCUAUAAUUCAUCCCAAAGUAAAUAUCGUGAUGCUGCCGAAAAUAUAUUGUCCGGAAGAUAUUCAGCAAUUUGAAAAGCUUGUGACCGAGAUAGAGAAGGAGAGGCAGAUGCCAAUUGGGCACACGAAGUUCCUAAUCACUGCUGAGACGGCAGCCAACUAUUUCAACAUACAGGAGGUGCUUGCAUGCUCUGAUCGUAUCCAUGGUGGAGUCAUGGGCAACGAGGACUUUGUCGCCGAGACCGGAGGCAAAGUGAACAAGUACAACAUGGCGUCCAAACUGUUUGCCAGCCGCUUCGUCAUGGCGUGUCAUGCCAUUGGAGGAGGCUGCGUGGCUUCACCGCUGCUGGCGAUCGACGACUACACGUCCAUGCUUUUGCACGCCACACACGCCAACAAAGUGGGUUUCACCGGCGUGUUUUCUCUGACACCAGCGCAGACCACCAUAACGUGGAACUGCUUUCACCGAGGCGACAGAGGCAACGCGGCGUGUAAAGAGCUCGCGAGUGGCAGCAGCGGCGCUGAAAUGAUUCGCCCCUCACCCUUACCUACCCUGUCAGCACCCACGUCAGCAUCGUAUUCAAAAUUGAAGGUGGGCAAGACAAUUCCCAAUGAAGCCAAAGUGCUGACAGUGCCUCAGAACUGGUACAUAUGGUGGAGCACGAUGCUUUUCAACUCAUCCAGCUUCCAGAACGGCAUGCCACACGGCCACGGCAUACCUCACAACAUGCUGAUGACGCUCGCAAGCAUGUAUGCAGCAAUCUUCAGAAAAUCAGGUGAGACAUUCCACGGAGAGCUGAUCGGCCUCUACGACGCAAUACAGCACCGCACCGUCAACGUCGGCGACAUGUUACAGAUUGUUACGGAAAUAGCUGACGUGCAGCCAGUACAGCCGAGCGGGGGCUCUGCGGACAACAGUGGUGGAGCAGUGCAGGCUAUCGUCACAACCUCCCAUGCUCUUAUCAAUCAGCAUAAUGAUGUGUGCUUCUGUGCGACUCUGAAAUCACGAGUUCAAAACAUCGAUGACCUGGAAGCAGACAUAACUGAAACUGGAGCAGCCAGCAAGGUGGUAGUUGGAAGCGAUCGGACUGCCCGCUGGUCAUCAAGCAAUAUACCUGAAUGUCUGACACAAGCCCAGCUAGCAGUGGGCGAUUUGCUGAUUCACAAACACGUGAAGAGUUUCCUGGCUUCGGACAAUACCUUUCUCAUCAACUUCCUGGGCAACAGCUGGCGACAAGAUGGAUCCAUCUUUCCACCGUAUGCUCUGUGUGGAGCACUGAGCAAUGUUAAUAUGGAUAUAGGAGAUAGCGUUGAUGAAAGGAUCACCUCGUGCAACUUCUACCUACCCAUCCUACCAGAUCAUACAAUGCUGAAUGUUACCUUUGUGAAAGACAUGCAGCCGUGCACGACUAACACAUGUCUGGAAGUGGUGGAAGUGGUAACACUGGGACUCAUCGACGUGAACAUUGCUGAUGUGGAGAGAACCAGUAUGCCCUCAACCCUGUUCACGGACAAUGGUGAUCUACCGAUGCACAGAAUGAACCAGAUCAUGGCUGCAUUCUGUCCGUUCCUGUACGGACGUGUUGCUCUUCGGGCAGCCAGGACCAUAACCAGGUUCCGGCCAGCGCUUGUCGAUGCCCAUCACAAGGCGGUGGGCGAGCGAUUACCAGGUGUGGCGAAAGAGAAUGCUUGGUUUGGCUAGUGGGUACUGGUAGAAGACUAUACAAGACUGCUUGUCUGCGGACCGUCUGACAUGGCCCACAUUUCUUACAUAUAUCUAGAACCCUGAAGAAAGCUGGAUCCGAAACAGUUUUAACUCCUUCGCAAUUAUACCGUGCUUGUUCUCUUUCAUACUGCGACCAAGCAAUUUUAGUACUCUAAAGUUAGCUGCAUAGCAACGAAGAUAUCAUUCUAUCAAACCUUUUUUUCUUCUUUUUCAGUUGUAAGUAAUUUUUCGACAUCACUAAUAAAAGUAUUUUCAUCCCGCG